AUGGUGACCGAUGUCUUCAGCGCCGAGGAGGCGGAGCUCGUCGCGAUGCAAUUCUCUCUAGCAGCCAACCGAAGGAACGCUCGCGACUUAGACAAGCUCGAGGCCACCCUGCUCUUCAAAGACCACGCCCCCGAGUUUUCACCGCAAGAAGUCAAGGAGCUCUUUGCUGGUAUCGAGGCCAAGGGGUCAUUCCAACUCAACGUGAACGAGUACCUCGAGAUAAAAGCACGGAAGAAGAUCGAGCUGGAGACCAACGACGAGGAGGAUCUGAAGCGCCACUUUACCGUGCUUGACUACCACGGAAAUGGGUCGCUCGUGGCCACAGAAAUCACUGAAGCCCUUGAGAAAACGGGAGACCCUGGCGUCAACGUGCUCAAGGAAGCCAUUCAAAACGCCACAACGCUGUCGUCGGACGGCACGAUCACGUUCGAGUUGUUUCGUCAAGCGAUUCACGACAUGAAUCGGAAAAACCAAGCGGCAAUUGCGGCGGGCAUGAUGCGGAUGUACCGGCUCAAGGCCAAACUGCAGGAGCAAGCAACGAAGCGAAGGAUGUCGCGUGGCACGGCGUCGUCCAUCGAAGUCGAGUACCAAGUGCUCGUGGCCCAAACCGAACGCCAGCAAGCCGAACUCAUCACGGUCCAAAACGAUCUUUUCUCCAGAGUCUACGGGAUCAUUGUUGCCCAGUACAUGUGCCAAACGCGCGUGCUUCAUGCGUUCGAGGCGUUCUUCGACCAUUUGCACACCGAAGACAGCCACUUGUUUCGCCGCAACCUGGAAAAGAAUGGCCGUGUUGUCGCCGUCCACCCAAGUUUCUUGCUCAUUCCUGGCCCCGUCAUAGAGCGUUCGCCCGCAUACACAAACCUGUGCAACUUCAUGGUCCCAGACAUGGUGUACGACUCGGAUAACCAUGGUCCGAUCUUCACCAACCGCGCAUAUCGCAAAAUCUUUUUGUGGUACUGCCUCCAGGGCAGCUUGACCAACUUUCAAACGAUCGGGCGAACGAGUUUUCUCCGGUUUGCACGGGACUGCCGCGUCGCCGACUUGAGCGACCGACCCGUCUUGGAUGCCGACUUGGACGCAUGCUACGUCAUGGCGCUCCGGGAGCCGCGCGUGGCGUCCCCCAAGCAACGCGUGGUCGACAGUGAGUCGUUCCAUUUUCACUUUAAGCCGACGCCACUGUUGUUUGAACAUGCUUCGAAACACUCGGCGUGCGCGCCGGGUGGCGGCAUGACGUUCAAGCAGUGGGUGCACGGCACGACGUUGCUGCUGUGUCGGUGUCUGAACAUUGAGGUAACACUUGGACGACGGUACACGCCUUUCGAUCAUUGUGGGCUUGUACAGGAGUGGCCGAGCACUCAAAAAGCUGACGAACUCUUUCGCGAAUACAUACUUCCUCACGCGAACCAGCUCCAGACACAACCCCUUGGCCCUGAAGUGUCGCAGCCCCAAGUGAUGCAGUUCAUUCUAAAGCACGUGUGGCCGCUCAAGCAGAUCUUUUCUCACUUUGGUGGCCACAGCAUGACUUCGAUUGAGCUCAACAAAGGGCUGCCUCUUCGCGACUUCAUCCACUUUGUCAGGUGUUUUGACAUCUUGCCCUCUGGGAUAUUGGACCAGCCUCGUCCGCAAGUUACCUUUCGUCAACUCAGUCUUCAGGAAAUCGUUCAAGAGUACAACGCCGCCAAACUCGACGUCGGGUUUUCCAAGACCGAGAGCCGUGAGUCGCUCGAUCUCAACUUUCACGAGUUCCUCCGGUGCAUCCAGCGUCUUGCGAUGGCGAUGAAUCGGUCAGCGGCGGUGGGGACGGACCCUGGCGACGUGAUCACUUCGACGAAGCACAAUUCACUCGUGUCGUCGUUUCAGCACUUUCGAAGCGACUUGCAGUCUCCCGGCAAGGCGCAAGUCCACUUGUUUCAACAUUCGCGCCAGCUCCACGCCGACGAUCGAAAAAUGUCCAACGUCAUGGCGCUAGUUCGGUCGAAGUUGACGUCGCAGGCGUUGUUGGCGCCACCCCCGGCAGCGUUUCCGAAGCCAUUGCAAUCCCAAGCAACGGACAUAUCGCUUUUUGACCACUUACCACCCCUCGCCAUGGAAAACGUGUCCUCACCGAUCAAACCGUCGCCCGCAUCAUGCCCCAAAACAUCUCGCACGUCUUCCAUUCGUUCGGAAACUCCCAAAUGCAUCGUACCAAAACCCACCCACUUGCCGUUGUCGAUGCUCGAAUCCCCGCGAUACUCCAAGGCCCGACCCUUUUCACUGGGUGGAUCGCCACGGAUCAAGACGAUCCGUGCGCCACUUCCACUUGAAUCACCCCAACAGCCGACCACACGUCAUGACGCAUCUCCCCAAACGACAGCUAGAUCGACCACGUUUACAUCGGCGAUGUACAAGGGGUAUACGGUCCCCCCAUUGUCUUCACGAGGUCGUCCAAGAACACCCUACGAAGAUGCUGCCGGUGUCGUGUCAGCAGGAUUGCAUUAA